GUAUCUCUGAUCAUCUACAACAUUCCUCAGGCCUCUGAAUUCUCUGAAAAAAGAUGAAUGUUGAUCGGUCCCAAAAAAGAGAAGAAGAUGAAAGCUGAUCCAGUAUAUGCGCGCCCCCAUAGUUUGAUAAAUCACAAGUGCGAGCACUGAAAAGGGGUUCACUCGACCCAACAGCCUUAGCUUAAAGGAACUAAAAGGAAGAGAAAGAUAGAGGCAUCUGGUGCUUUGCCAUGAUGGAAUUGAGUGCUUGGGAAUGGCUUUAGCGUUCCAGCUCACUGCACAGCUUAUCUAUCAGCAGUGACUGACAUCGACGACGGUGAGGCACAUGGUCGUCUGAAGUUUUGAACCUGGAGCCGCGCUUGCCAACGCUUGGACAGCCACAAAAGUGUAUCAAUGGUGUCCCGCGAUUUAUCAUUGUCGCAGAAAGCAGCACCAUAGCAUAGCAGUGCCGAUUACGAUGUGGUAGCCCAGGAUGAGAUCUCUCCCUUGCUUUCAGCUGGUUUAGCCGAGAGCCAAAGCUUUGUCCAGGCAUCGCAUCAGGAGGAUGCUUCCUGAAUCACACUUGCUAGUAGGAGUACUAGUUGCUGCGUACGAGAGAGGUUGCACGGGGAGGGACAGGGGGAUACCAAACCUUUGCCCGGCGUUGUGCUCCACCUCCACCUCCACCUCCACCGAGAAGAGAGCAAGUCCUCCUUGGUGGGGCAACGUUGCCGCCGGCCGACGCACAGACAAAUAAGGCCGUCGCAGUCGCCUCGCCUCGCCCCACCUGAUGCUGUUGCUUCUCUGCAGCGGCGUCUCCCGAGCCCGAUGUCCAACGCCGCCACGGGCGCCGGCCGCAACAACGGCGACGGCGAGCAUCCCAAUGGCGGUCACCCGCACUACCACCACCGGCAGCGGGAGCACCACUGGCGGCCCCCGCACCCGCACAGCAGCAGGGCGUACCGCUCGGGCGUGCUGCGGUGGGCGAUGGCGGUGCUGUUCACGGUGCUGGCCGUGCUAGUCCUGCUGGCGGCCGUCUCCGUGCUGCUGGUGGUGCUGGUGCUGCAGCCCCGGGCGCCGUACCUGGCCGUGCAGAAUGCGCGGCUGGGGAACCUGGUGUACGACCAGCAGGGGGUGCUGGACAACGCGGAGCUGGAGCUGGACGUGCGCGCCGCCAACGUCAACGCCCACGCCGCCGUGGCCUUCUCGGAGCUCGAGCUGCGGCUGAGCUUCCACGACAUGGUGAUCGCCAUCCUGCGCGCCGACCCCUUCGUGGUGCCGCCCAGGGGCGAGCGCCCGCUGGGCUACGUGGCGUCCUCGGAGGCGGUGCCGCUGGACGGCGCCGGGCGCGCCGCCAUGGAGGGCGCGCUGGACCGCGGCGUGGUGCCGUUCCGGGUGAGCGGGCAGGCGCGGACGCGGUGGAAGGUGGGCGGGCUGGUGGCCGUCAAGUACUGGACGCGGCUGGCAUGCCAGAUCCGCUUCUUCUGGCCCAACGGCACAGCGCUCGACUUCACCUGCAACUCCAAGUCCAGGUCCCGCUACUGACAUCUCCACAUCGCCGUCAGAAGAGAAGAGCUAGCUCCUCUCUCCCCGGUCCAAUCCAAUCCAAAUGGCCACUACCUUUCUUGGCUUUGCUUACUAAUAUAUUUUCCGCAUGUAUGUACUGCAUAUAUUCGAAAACUAUAAAGAAAUAUAUUUGUACAAUUAUUUGGUGACGUACCUUAAGUUUCACUAGCAAACAUGCCCGUCGCAACGGGAAACUUUUCGCAUGUUUCUAGCAUAAUAAGCAUGACUCAAGACUCCCCAAUGAUUUCAUGUUAUGUGUUUGAAUAUAGCGCCCCAUCAUGUUGUGCCUUAUCCUCCCUCCUGACUUCCUUGACCAUGGUCGUCAGGUCCACCUGAUCGCAAUGCAUUCAACAUGGUCAUAGGACAGAAGUGACAUUGAACCACACCAUCGCAGGUCAACGUCUAAUAGUUUUAAAACUAAUCCCGUUGAGUUGGACGUGACGGCUGCCUUUUCCGAGCUCAACCUACGUUUAGUCCAUACACCAUCCCUU